ACGGGCGGACGGGAGAAGGGAGGAGCGCGGCCGCCGAGGCCAGCCCAGCCGGCGAGGCGGAGCCCCUAACAGGACCGAGUCUGGUUGUUGCUGAGCGGCUGUCAUGAUCUCUGCAGCACCUCUUUACAGUGGGGUGCAUAACUGGACUGGCACCGAGCGGAUUCGCAUGUGCGGACUCAACGAAGAGAGGAGAGCGCCACUUUCUGAUGAAGAAUCUAACACCAGCAGCUCCCAGCAUCUGGGGUCCCCGGAGUUCUGCGUUGGCAGCAGCUUUUCCAAGGUGGAGCUCACAGCAAUUUCGAGUAGCGGCAGCAGUGCCCCGGGGUUUGAGGCAGAGGGCAUCGUGGAGGAGAAGCUUGGGCCCAAGCUUGAGGAGCAGCCCCACGAGCCAGACGGUGCUGGAAAGUCCGGGAAGGGCAGUGAUGCCAGCCAAGGGGAGGCCGGGGUGGCAGAACCCACCAAACCAGAGAGCAGCAGCCCUGAAUGUGUUUGGCCCUCUGCUAAGAAGGAGGCCGACAUCCUCCCUGCCUGCCCCAGAGCUCUGGAGAGCGAGCAUGCAGGCAAGGAAAAGAGCACUGCCCUGCCGGCUGGAGCGGCCGUGACCACUGCUGCCAGCUGCACCACUCUAGCCUCUACCCCAGCCACCUUCGCUUUGAAAAGUGUCUGUUUCCCUACAUCUCAGGCCACCGCUAUGCAAAAAAUGGCCCUCUCCUUCCAGCCAGGAGCAGUCCUAGCCCCCAGCCAGCCCUUGGUUUACCUCCCGCCCCCCAGCUGUGUGGCUGCUCUUCCGAGUCCGCUCGGAGUCUCGUCCACACUAACCCUGCCUGUAUUACCCCCCUUCCGUCAAGACCACUGUCUGCCAGGUCUUCUCGCCCCCUCCGAGCUGCAUUCUUACUCGUAUGCCUUCUCUGUGGCCAGGCCUUUGGCUACGGAUUCCAAAGCGGCAUCUGUGGACGCAAGCCAGCUGAGCUGCCCUCCCCCAUCGGGAGAGAGCAACACCUCCACGGCCCCUGGCCCUUCCCCUCCCUCUGACAGUUCAGACCUUUCGACAAGCACUCCUGCCUUGGUUACAUCAUGUGGGAGCACUGCCCCCUUGUCAGGUCCCAGCAUGCUUGCCAGGGCCCCCCCAGCUCCAGAGCAGCUCGCGCAGGGCGUCCUGGCUUCCAUCUCCCCCUUGAAAUCACCUCCGCAGCUGGAACGUGAGAUGGUCUCCUCUCCGGAAUGCAGCGAGAUGCCUCUUGACCUUUCCUCCAAGUCCAACCGCCAGAAGCUGCCUCCGCCAAACCAGCGCAAGACACCCCCCAUGCCUGUGCUGACCCCGGUGCACACCAGCGGCAAGGCGCUGCUCACCACGGUGCUUUCCAAGUCGCAGAGGGUGGCUCAGGCUGUGGGCACGCCGGGCUCUGCUUCGCCCUUCGUCAUCUUCCCAGAGUUCUUGCGCAAUGGGGAGCAGGGCUCCUGGGUGAAGAACUCCACUGCCCUCAUCAGUACCAUUCCAGGCACCUACGUGGGGGUGGCCAACCCAGUGCCUGCUUCUGUGCUAUUGGGCAAAGACUCCAACGUUGGCUUCAGCAGGGACUCCCGCCACCUCCCCAAGCAGGAGCCCAUUUCUAUCAUCGACCAGGGUGAGCCCAGAAACACCGGACUGCCUUCUGGGAAAAAGGGUGGCCCUGCCAGUGCAGACGGGCAGGUAGAGCCCCUGCGACAGCACCUUCACGGCAGAGGUGUCCCUGGGCCCCCGUUGCGCUCGUCCAAGGAGCUGUCCCUUUGGAAUCCUGGUCAGGGCAAUGUUUACCCUCGAUGUUCAGUCAACGGGAAGCCUGCUAGUCCUCAACUUCUGCCCAUGGGGUGGUCACCCUAUCACCAAACUCCUCUGCUUUCUAUCGGCAUCUCGACAGCUGGGCAGAUCCCUCCCAAUCAGGUUGGUCCCUCCAAGCCAGCUGCUGCAGGCGAGUUGGCUGCGUUCCCCACUGUGCAGCCAGCAGAGUCCGGCGCAGCAGCCCAGAAGGCCUCCGAAGCACCCUCGCAGGGCAAGAGCUGUAAAACAGCCUUGCCCAGCAUGGCUAACCCCUUGUGCGUCUCGCCAGCACUUCAGACCAGUCCUCCAGACUCCAAGGGCUCGAAUGUCCUUGCUCCGAACCACAGCUGUGACAGACUAGAGACUGAGUCCAUAGCCGAGAGUAUCCCCCAGCCAGAAGCUCCCUCAGUAGGCCUCAAGCGCCCCGGGGACAACAAACCUAAAAACCAAGUCUUAACCACCUAUCUGGCCCGUGACCUGCCCUUAGCCAGCCAGCCGACGGUGCGGACACCUUCUGAGUCUACACCGCUUGCAGAGAGCCAGCGCAAGGCCCAGAAGUGCGACCCGUCCCGGAACCAGCCGAGCUCAGAGAUUCCUUCUCACCCCCUUCACCAAGUAGACCUCAGCCGCGUGAAGAAGGAGUGGGUGGAGCCCGAUGUGCCCUUUGCCUCUGCUGCAUGCCUGCAUGCCUCGAGAGACUCUCCAAAGGCCAAGCUCAAGGCGGUGGCCCACAUCAAAGUGGAGGGGGGCUUCCCCUGCAAACCCAAGCGGCCACGUGAUGGGCCAGACCGACCAACUCACAAGAGGCAAAAGUGCCGAAGCGGCGAGGAAUCCGUAGCUUCGUGCAAGUCGAGCAGCCAGAAUAUGCACACCCGCAAGUGGCGGAAGCAUCACGGCGAUCUCCGGGACAUCAAGCGAGAGAGCCGUUUGGGCUCUACAAAGGAACGCAGCAGCCUCCGAGCCAAGCGCAAGCGCCGGAAGCCAUCCCCAGGGCAUCAGGGGCACAGCUGCGAAGAAGCUUUUGUUGAGAAGAAAGCAAAGAACAAUUUCCGUGACUUCAUCCCUGUGGUGUUGAGCAGCCGGACCCGAAGCCAGUCAGGAAGCAUGGGGGGCUCUUCUGCUAGCAUGCUAGGGGAUUGUGAAGGGGCUGGCCAGGAGAUGGUUCCGCUGCUGUCAGAGGAUGAGGAAAUUGAUGAGGAAGAGGAAUUGCUGUCCCUGAAGCAUCGCAAGCUAAGGAAGUCUCACCGGCUUUCCCCGCACUCCGGUUGCAGAGACCGCGAAAGAGAGAGGUCUCGUUCAGAGAGGGGCAACCUUCACCUGAGCAAGACUCGGGAGCUCACGUGGCAAGUGGAAGCCACCAGGCAGCUGUGGGACCGCAAAGAAGCAGAGGAGGAAAGUGGCCAUGUCAAGAGGAAGAAAAGAAGUCGGCGGAAAAGCUUGAAGUACCAGACAGGAGAGUACUUGAUAGAGCGGGACAAAGACGAGCACACAAGCUGUUGCCACAAGUGGCGGAAAUCUAAAGAAGACUUCAGGUACCGGAAGCACAAGGGGUCCACCCCAAGCAAAGGCUCAGAGCUGCGCCUGAGGAGCAGGCUUUCUCCAACCCUUCAAGGGCAUCUGGACUUCCGCAAUGGAUUCCUCUUGGAUCACCCAGACUCGCCUCCUUUACAAGAAGUGCUAGAGAAGCCGUCCGGGAAACGCAAAUGCAAAACCAAACAUUUGUCUGAAGAAAAGGCCAAGGCUCGAUGGAAUCAGUCCAAGACACGCUCUCCAAAAAAACCCCGAGAGCCAUGUCCAUCCAGCAAGUCACGGCAGCACAGCUCAGAGAAGGCCCCAGAACCACCUGCAGCCCCACCGGUGCCCCCUGAAGCUCGGCGUCUGAUAGUGAACAAGAAUGCUGGGGAGACGCUGUUGCAGAGGGCAGCCCGGCUCGGUUACAAGGAUGUGGUGAUGUACUGCCUGCAGAAAGAGAACAACGAUGUCAACCACCAGGACAACGCAGGCUACACAGCCCUGCAUGAGGCCUGCGCACGAGGCUGGAUAGACAUCCUGCAGAUCUUGCUGGAGCAUGGCGCAAAUGUGAACUGCAGUGCACAAGAUGGCACCAGGCCGGUUCAUGACGCCGCUGCAAAUGACAACCUGGAGACCAUGUGGCUCCUGCUUUCUUAUGGUGCUGACCCCACCCUGGCCACCUACUCGGGGCAGACGGCCUUGAAGCUGGCCAGCAGUGAGGGGAUGAAAAGCUUCCUUCGUGAUUACCUCUUGGACCUGCAGGGUCGAGCUGACGGGGACCCACGAACAGCCUGGGAGUUCUAUAGCAGCAGCGUGCUGGAGGGGAAAGACGAGAUUGGCUGUGACCUUUUGCUCAACCCUCCUGGGAGCUCGGAUCAGGAGGAAGAUGAGCAGGAGUCAGACCGCUUAAUGUUCGAGUUCUCCGACCAGCAGCUGCUCCCCUGCUACAACCUGCAGUUGUCCGUCUCACGGGGCCCCUGCAACUGGUUCCUCUUCUCCGACGUGCUCAAGCGGCUCAAGCUCUCGUCCCGCAUCUUCCAAGCUCGCUUCCCACACUUCGAGGUGACCACCCUGCCCAAGGCAGAGUUCCAGCGCCAGGUGGCAUUGAGCCAAGUGUUGGCUGCAGAAGAAAUCCAGGAGCAUGUGGUGCCCCCCUCGGCUACGGGCACCAUAGAGACAGUGGAGUUGGUACGCUACGAGCCGGAGCUGGUUCGGCUGCUGGGCUCAGAGGUAGCGUUUGAGGCCUGGAGCAGCUGACGGGGACUUGGGCACUCCUUCCCGCCGUCGGACUACAUUGCGAGGCAAUAAAUACGGACCACCGAGAAGCAGCCUUCUCACGGCCAACCGUGGGCCCCUCCGUGAACAGCAGCAGGUGCUCACCACCCCCGCCUGCAGGGGGGGUUGGAAGCUGCCUCUUCCCUUGCCCCGGACUCCUCGCUUGUGGACGCGCUGCCGCCUUUGGUGGCUUCAGAACCUCUCUGUGGAACUGCAUCUCUCCCCACCCUCCCAGCCCCAAAGCUCUUCCAGAGUAUUUAUUUAAUUAGUAUUUAAUUUGUGGUGUUCCUUUGUUCCUGCUCAGUCUGCAUCACUGUGAUUCUUGGCGGGGGGGCUUCCUACAGCCACCCACCCCUGGUCGGGAUGUGCUGAGGGGACCGGGCCACCACUUCCCUCCUCCCCAGUUCCCCCGUAAAGGGCGGUGAGGAGGCUGGGAGCCCCUCCCUCCCAAUAGCUUCAUUCUCCUUUCAGUUUUAGGGCCACCCAACCUCUUUUGGGGGUGUUCCUCCCUCCCUCCUUGGCCUUUCUGUUUUGGCUCCGGAGUUAAGCCUGCCACACUGGAGAGGCAACCAGAGACUGAAUUGAGUAUAGAGCCAAAGGCAUCUGGGUGUCCCCCCCCCCCACAACCCGGCCCCAUCUUUCAUCUUCCCCUUUGUUCAUUCAGGUUGCAAGACGGCAGUCCCCAGUGGGUCAGGAGGGGGAGCACCCACCAGCAGGAGGGGUGAGGUGGGGUGGUGUAGAUGGUACAGUUUUAUUGUACAGGUGCUAACGAGGACUGGACAAUCGGUUUUCUGGCUGUCCCCUGCGCUUCAGGGUGGGGAAGGUGGGGUGUUAACUUUUCUUCAUUUGUGUUGUGUUUUUUUUUCCUCCUUUCCCCUUCCCACUUGCGGAGUUGCGCAUUGCCUGCCCUGCCUCUCCCACCCACUCCCUCCAAGGAGGCUGCCUCUCCUGGCUCCCACCUUGGAAAAAAGCAGACAGCAUUCUCUCUCUUUCUCUUUUACGCCAAGGCUUUUCAGGCCUUUGGGGUAUGUGUUCUGGCUGCUGUUUUUCUGGUUUUUGUUUUAUUCUUAAGCAACAGGCUGUGGUGUCCAAAACACUUAUGUACAGAAAAACCUGC